AUGACAAAUACUGAAAAAGUUCAAGAUAUUUUUAGGCCGCUAUACAAACGUGACCGACAUCUUCAGGCUCCUGAGAUGUGUGCCGAGAUUUUAGAUUUGCGCCAGGCGGCUCAGAAUAAUAUAGGCCCACCAGGAUACAGGAUUCGAGUUUCGCGAUAUUACCCCACAGAUUCUGCUAUCUCCCAUGCCAAGUCUGUUUUCUCCUCCUAUAUAGAAUCUGCUCCAGAAUCCGUGGCUAUGAAAUUGCAGGAAGCUUUGACCGAGGAAUUAGAGAAUCAUUAUGAUCCUGUACAAAUUACAGUGGACGAGCUUCCUGGUCUUGUUUUGAUUCCAGAACUGCUACCACACGCUGCGCAGUGCGCCGCAGUUGCUGAGAUUGUUCGCGAUCUGGUUCCAGACACGCGUCAUCGAAAUAACCUUGACAUCCAUUAUAGCAUGGGCUCGGGACUUUCUCUUUUUGAAAAAGACAAGGUGCUGGAGCCACUAGCAGAGCCGAUUUACAUGGGCGAAGACAAUAAAGCAGAGGGGUGCAUGAUAGACGCGUCUGCUACACGGUCGGAAUUACCAGCAUCGAUCACACCCAUGCCGAUUGCGAUGGUGCGCAUGCGCAAGCUUCGGUGGAUCACGUUAGGUGGACAAUACAACUGGACCACCAAGAAGUACCCCACGUUUACGCGUGGCGCUGAGGGGUUCCCCGAGUUCCCAGCACGUAUGGGCUCGCUUUUCUCUGAGCCUGUUUUCCCCGGGUUGACCCCGGAGGCAGCCAUCAUCAACUUUUACUCCCCCGGUGACACGCUAUCGCCGCACCGGGACGUGGCGGAGCUUUGCAUGGCAGACUUGGUGUCAGUGUCGAUAGGAUGCGAGGCAGUGUUUUACGCAGGAAUGGAGCGGUACAGUGGGCAGCAACAGCAGCAAGGAACAGAAGUUCUGCAGCCGCUACAGAUGCUGCUACGGAGCGGUGAUGCGGUGGUCAUGGGUAGUAACUCGCGACAUGCGUAUCACGGUGUAGGCAAGGUUUGGGCUAAGACGUGUCCUGAUUACCUGAAAAGCUUAGACAAUUUUGUGAUUGGGGACGAUGAGGAACAUGAAUUGUGGAGACGAUACGGGGAGUGGAUGGCUAACAAACGUGUCAACAUUAAUGUGCGCCAGAUGCUGUGA